UCACAUUCAUUCUUCGCGCGCCAUUUCUAUUGCAUUGUUUGCUAAGUAUUACUACCAAGUUCAGCCGUUUUAAUAUUUUUAGAUAAUACGUUGGUUUUUUUCUUUGGAUUUGCACUCGCUUUUCUAUUUGUUUUUACACGAAAAAAUGAAAGAGAGAGAGAGAAACAAAGAAAGAGAAAAAAAAAGAGAGAUAGAAAGAAAGAAAGGGAUAGAGAGAGAGCAAGAUAAGCGUCUACGAUCGAGUGGAUUCAUAGAGACAUUGUGUUCUUUCGAUAUGUGGUAGGCGGAACACGUGUACCUAUCGCAUAAACCGCGUGCUUCAACAACCUAAGAGGAUUUAUUUAAUAAUUAUCCAUGGAGGAACUAUAUUUGUGGUUACUGCCCCGCAACAAGGAGCCUACUUGAAUCGUUAUCAUUGUGAGUAAUUCAAAAACUUGACAAUUAUCUUCUGAAGAUUACGAUAAUAUUAUUGCGUAGAAUUUAUUAAUUCGUAAUAUGAUUCACGUCUGGUCGAUAAGGUAGCAAUUGUUUCGGUAGGAAAAAUUUGAAAGAUAAUAAUCAUCGAUCUAUUUGUACAUCUUUUAGCGAAGUUCUUUGUCGUAGAGAAAAGAAAAUAUUAGAUCAUACGAUCUUCUACAUGGAUGAUAGAUUUGAAUUUUAGAUAAGUCGAAGAUCAAUGGAAAAAACAUAAAAGAGUUGCAAGAAAUGUUUCUUCUAGACCAGCGAUGAGUAAGGUCGGCUAAUAUGCGAUGGCGUGACGGUACCGUAUUCGAUAAAAAAUUAAUAGCAGUCUAUGGGCGGAUCUGAAAGUUGGUACAAAGAAACUUUUCAAAACAACAUUCGAUUGCAUAUUUAAUGCGAUAACAUUGUAUCUCUUGUAUUGAUGGAUAUUAAUGUUGUUCGAAAUUGCGUGCAAAUUUUUUGUCGUACUGUAAAGGAUGUUUUUAUAUUCCUUCAUAAAGACGAACAUUAUCAGAAUACGUAUUCCUUCGAAGUUUCCUUUUAUUCUUCUCCUUGUUCCUUACAAAUUAUUUUCUAAAGGAAACAAUAUAAUAUUAUAUCGGCAAGAGUAAAUAUAAAAAGGACAACAUUUAUCUUAUAUUUGAAUUUUUUAUAUCGUCUCUCUUUUUUUCUCCCCCUCCCUCUUAUUCUCUCAAAUAUACAAGAUUAAGAAUAAACUAGGAGAUUACGUAUUAUUGAAUAUAUUAAAAUACGCCGUGUAUUUUAAUCACACUUUAAUGACGAAUAGAAUAGCGAAGUUUCACGCUUCAUGUUCGACAUCUAACUGAACGAAUUCGGUGACCCUUACACAGCAUCAUAGAAAGUGUUAUUACGUUUAUGCUAUACAUGGAUAAACUGAACAUAUCUAGCUAUUCGCAGUUGGAAGAGUUUUCAAACAUCAUUGUACAUUUAAAAUUCUUAUCCGUUAUACUUAACGUACGGUUUGAUAAAUUUCUAUUAGUUUGUAUUUUGAUUCGAGAAACGCAUAUAUAAAUAUUAUUAAAAAGGAUAUGUAAUGUUAUUUCAUUUUCCCAGUUUUUCUCGAACUUACAAAUGGAAGUACAUAAAACGAAUGAUAAUUACACCUUCUUAUUGUAGCAAUAUAUUUGUAACAUUAACAGUAGGAACUAUUUUUUUUUCAUUGCGUUCUAUUGACUAUGAAAGGAUAAACAAGUAGUUUGUCGUCUCUUAGCUCGGUAUUUAUUAAUGACAGUACGAGCUCGAUGGGAAGGCGGCAAUCGAUAAGCGUCUAGCUGUUAUUUAAAAUGCAUCUUACACAGUAUGGUAAAAAUGAUGUGGUAAGAAUGCACGUUUUAUUAUUGCAUUCUAAAUGUAAAAUCUAAAAUUACUUUAAAUGAUCACUCUAUCAAGAAUACGGAAAAAAAUAAGAAAAAUAUUAAAAGUGAAGAAACAUAGAAAUGAUUGUCAUUGUUACAAGUUCAUUGACUUUCACUUUGCUCUUAUAACUUGUCGUUAUCUUAAUUAUUGAAAUAUGCAACUUAUUUUAUAAAAUGUAUUACUUGCUGUAAAUGAUGUAGUAGAAUUCGAUUUCUCUUUUAAAAUCGAAAUUUUCCAUGCAUUUUGAAAACUUUUACAAAUGUGGAAAGUUAGUACAAACGUGCAAUUGGUCGGCAAACCAAUGCAUAAUUUAAUAUCUAAGGAACAAAGAACUUGAAUAUUAGAAAACUAGUCGAGGUGACGUAUUCGGUAUAGACGCAUACACUUUAUAUAUACGCAAAAAAGAGGAGAGGCAGAAAAGGAAUCGCAAUGGGAAUUAAACGUAAUAGAAUAUAAUGAGAAAUAGCAAGACUUAUUUAUUGUUGAUACUGCACGCAUAUAUAUAUAUAUAUAUAUAUAUAUAUAUAUAUAGAACGAUGUCUAUUUUUAGGAUCAUCGAAAAAAAAACUCGAUACUUAUUCUCGAAUCGAUGUAGGUAUAUCAUGGACUGUGUAAUAUCCCUCGUGCAUUCUUCGGAUAAUAUCGGCAAGUGAUCUAAUCAGAGGCGAGCCCUUUGAAAGAGAGGAUAGUUCUCCUUUAUAAUUUAUCAUACCACUUGUCAGUUUCCCACUUUCUACUUGGACAACAUCGAAGUGUAUACAUUUACAUGCAUACGAUCGUACUAUGUGUCGUUUUGCAUCCAAGUCUACUCUCCGGAUUGCUCAUGUUGUUUCGUGCGAAUGAAUAAGUCAAGAGUGGAGUGUCCCUCACAAGACGAUUUCCCCCUUUGCGUAGGUCACCUACAACUCCUCCCCAAUCGCCCUCGAUAAGGAUAGAAAACUUUAAGAAAUUUUCAAACGAUUAUCAUUUUACUUUUCGUUCGCUAACCGAAUGGCGUUUUUAAACUGAAAACGAAUGCAAACUAUUUUUCCUGUAUUCUUUAAAAUUUACAAUGAAUCUAAUUACUAGAUGCAAUGUAAUCAUUAUUCGAUAUAUUAAUCGAGUAAAAAAAGAUUAAAUAUUUAUCGAACAUUUAUCAAUUAUUGUUUAAUUAUUCGAUUAUUUGAUUAUUCGAUGAAGAAGAGGGAAGUUAUAACCCUUCCAGCACGCAUUGCCCUUCCAGUUGACACCAUUCCCGCCUGCGCCAACGAUAGAGCGUUUGCUGUUGGCCAAUUAAAAUCGCCUGUUGCAUAUAAAGGGGUUCCAUAUGCCAGGUUGGCAUUACGGAGCGUUAAAAAGUGGGAGUUAAAAAAGUCUUAGUAGAUUCUUUACUUUAUCAUCGGAUACGCACCAGGAUUUUGUCACUAAUAUUUGAUUCUCAUUGUUAAACAAGGAAAAACAAUUUUCGUUUUCUUUCUUUUUUUUUUUAUUCUUAACAUAUAGAUAGGGUCUGUUAUAGUCAUAAUAUAAUAAAAAUUUAUACAAGAUUUAUAAUGAAAAUAUAGAAUAUAAAAAAUUUUGUGGCACGUGAUGAAGAGCGAGAAAUCAGUUCUUUGAAUUAUUUCCUUUUCUGUUCCCUUCUUUUUUUCGAAAUUCGUCAAAAUUGCCUGCAAUUCGACUAAGAAGGCUUGCAUGUGAUACCUUAUUCGAUUACUACUUUCGAUCGAAUUGGUGCAUUUAUUAUCAGGCUAUCGACAGAAAAAGAGAGGAGAGACGCGUCCGUUAUCGUUCUUCGCUUUUUGAUAUUAACUAUUCAAAAAGUUCCUAUCAAAAUUUAGUUUCUAUACUUUCCUUUUUACCGAGAUCGAGUGACGUUCUUCGAUCGAAACUUGGUGAGCCUAAAUGCGCGGAUUUUUUGGAAUGCCUGGCGCGGAGAGGAGAUACAGAAAGAACAUUUCAAAAAAACAGUCUUGUUUUUCCAAAAUUCCUCGUGAUUCUUGUGAAUUCUCGAAAUCGUCUUGUUAUUCGACUGGAUUAGGCUCGAGAGGAGAGAUUGUACACGAGCAACCGAUCGUCGUGGAUUUGACUAACGAUGAAGCUAAACUAACGCGGAAAGAAAGAGAAACAAGUGCAAGUAGUUCAGAAGAUUACGAUAUGAUAGCUGACAGUUCGAGCAGAUUUCAUCGUGAUAAUAAUAGCAACAAUGUUAUAGCUACAGCAUUACGUGAUCGCGGAUCAUAUGUGAUUCCGGUUCAACCGAAUCAUUGCCUUCCUAUACAUCCAGCACCACCGGUUCCAACUCGAGCUGUACCUAUACUAAAAUCUCGAAAAUCUCGUUCUCCGGUAUUGAAACUCGUGAGGGCUUCGAUUUUAGACGUGGUCAACGUGGAACCUGCCAAAUCAACGAUUUUGGAAGCUAACGGCUGUCCGGAGGAAAAGAAGAGCGCUACUUUUUUUCUCGAACGAAAUCGAGAACAAAAGACUUCUUCAGAAAAAACAAACUCAGUGUUGCAAACGAAUCGUAACUCUUGUUCCAUCAAGAUCGUAGAUCGUCUUAAACGGAAGAUCACUGAUGAGAAAUCUAAGGAACGUGGAAAAGAUCUUACGAAGGAUUUGAAGAAAAGAAGAAAAUCUUCUGACAUUAACUCAGACGUUGGAUUCAACGAAUUAUUUACAAAUUCUACAGCUAACAUUGAUAAAGAAGGAAAGACAGAGCUCUGUAAUGAUAAAAAGUGUACAAUGUCGAUCGUGGGAUCAACAACAGAGAUUAAUUUUGGAAAAGAGAAGAUCGUACCACCGCUUCGAUUAAAGAAAGUCGUUCACGAAGGAAAAGAUGGCAAUCGUGGCAAUCCAGAAGUACCAUUAAACGGAGAUAAGGAGACCAAUUAUAGAAUAGUCACGGGUGCUACACCUCGUCCAGAGUCACAGUCUACUCCGACAAUUUGUGAAUAUUGGACCAGAGAAAAUUUCGAUAAUGAUGAUAACUUCGACGUUGCAUUGACAAGUUCGACCACUCAUGAUGUCGUCCAUCGAUCUUCUGUCAAGAGUGACAAUUAUAAAUUGAAAUAUAGACGCAAUAGAUUGAAACGAAAGCUCAAGGAAUUACAGGACAAAGCCUUAAAUCUAUCUCAGGAAAUAGCGAACGCGCCCAACAUUAUGAAUUCUAGUCCACAACGAAAUACAAGACUUAGACAAAUGAUGAACUGCUACGAGAAGCAAAUAGAAAAUGUUUCAAAGUUACUUAAUAAAUUAUACAACGAGAAUCCGCUAGCAAAUAAGUUUGUUGAUAUUGAUGAAAAUAAGAGAGAGCAUCAAUGGGACGACGAAUUCGUUCGAAACUUCUCUCCAAUUUCCUCACCAGAACCACCGAAACUGUCACCACGUUCGCCAAUAGACUAUCACAAUAAGUCACCGGAUAGCGUUCGAAGUAGUCCACCUGUAUUGCCCAAAGUUUCUUUAAAUAUUUCAUCGAACCUGGAUAUACUGGAUGAGCAUGACGCAGAGACUGUACAAUUGACAAACGAAUCAACCUGGAUUACGUGUGAGAAUAAUACAGCAGAAAUUUCGUCAAUGGCAGAUACCUUUUGUGAAGAAACGACAAAUCAUGAAUGGGAGUCUAAUAAUAAUACCAACGCAGGUAAUCGAUUGACAUCUCCAAUUCUUUCGUCAACUUCUAUCGACCCGCGUUCUUCAGAAAAUGUUGAAAAUAUUAAAAAUGGAGAAGUAUUUUUCAAUAAUAUUGGAGAAAUUGUAGAAAAAGAUAAAAUUAAAAUAAUGCAUGGGAAAAAGGAGACCAUGAAAGAAUUUUCUAAGACAAUAGAAGUUGUAUCAUCGAAUCACUCGAUUAUUGAAGAAAUGAAAGAGAUAAGAAAACAUGACAUACACGAUGCCGAUAGAGCAAUUCAAAUUAAUAUAAAAAAUCCUAUAAUAAGUUCCAUCACUGGAGGCUCCGAGGUACCACACACCGUGAGAUGUGAUCAAAUAGAUACAACUUUGCCAACGCCAUCUAUAACGAAAACACAAAUGUCAUCUUCGAUCGAUAUGAUGAAUAUCUUGCAAUUAGGAUCGAAUUAUGACUCUACGCUUUUGAAGAAAAAUGCUUCAGAAACUAGUAAAAUGGAAGACUCGAAAAAAAUACAGAAGGUACCAUCGAGUACGACGCAAUCAAGGAAGACCAAUUAUGACUCGAUAGCUUCGACUUUCAACCAAGUAGAAUAUCCUUUUACAGAUCAACAUUUUCCUGGUCAAAGUAGUAAUGAUAAUCGUAUCAUAACUGAACAAUUUCCUACGCUUGGUAACUGGGUGGCCAAAAUGUCGAAGAAGCAAGUUUCUAAGCAGAAAUCUAAAUUACAUACUGUGGAAAAUACUAUUAGUACCAUUUCAAUGGAAGAACCAACGCGUACUUCAAAGUUCGAUACGCACAAAGCAUCACUGAAUGAAACGAAUACUGCCAAUGGUAACAACGUGUUAAAUAUAACUUCACAAUGGAAUAAGGAGAGAUGGCAUCGUCAACAUCAUCAACAACAUCAGCAACAGCAAUUAUUUCAACACGUGUCUACUGGCACAACUCCUCUGUCCCUUCCAUCUACUACGACUCUGAAUUCAGGAAUUUGCACGCCACUCUCAACAACUCAAUUUUAUCCAAGUAAUUAUAAUAUUAAUCCGUACAGCGGAGCAACGUUUGGUUAUCAUUCUGCAUUAUAUCCUGUUUACAAUGGUUAUCCAUAUCAUUCCCGUUUACAUCCAGGAACACCUUUGACAAGUUACCAUAUACCUAUGCAAGAUCCUCUUAAUUCACCUUUACGUCCAUUGUCACAUGUUGACAAGCACUUAUCCUCUUUGCAAAAUCCAAACAGGAAUUUUACUUCUGAUAUUUUAAAAUACUCCGGAUCACUUCCCGCCGCUAGAUUUCAGUCACCAAAUGAUUUUGGUUUCGAUCGACUCAGAACAUCUACGAACAAUCAUAAUAGCGAAGCAAACUGUCUCUCAUCGCUAUUGCUGGCAUCUUCAUCUCUGUCAUCAGGGACGCAACAAACUUUACCACGUACAUCUCUUAGCGGAUAUUCGGCUAGCAAUAAUCAAUAUGGACGCAGCAGAAUAAUACCGGAUGUUGUAGCUGCAGCUGCAGCUGCUGCAGUAGUUGCAGCAGCUUCUAUCGGAAGACAACGUGCCUCUUUACCUUCUUAUAGCAAAUCUGCAAGUACAGGCAUUAAUGCCGUCAUGGAAGUGGAUCCUACUCGGCUAACUUCGAAUACUUCCAAUAAUCAUACUCGAGAACAUCUUUUGUCUAAUCAAGGACAAUCAAUUGAUGUUGGAAUGAAAGAGCCACAAUGGAACAGUGCUGGAUAUCACUCUAUACCGAAUUUACUUCUAGAAAAAUUACCUUUCGUUAGAACAGAACACAAUUUUCCUACAACUUCUACACUUUGUAAUAAUAUUCAAGAUUCACCAUCUAUAUCAACAGUUUCUUUUCCGCAAAUAUCAAAAAAGGUUUCUAGAAGCAUCGAAAGAGACUGUGAAACGCCACAUCUCGGUAAAGUAAAUAGAAGCCCCGAUACAUUAAGUAAUCUUAAAUGUUCUAAUUGUGGUGUAGGUGGAUCAAUGUUCAAAUGUCUUGGAUGUGAGGUAGCUUUUUACUGUAACGAAAGAUGCCAAACUCGACAUUGGAGUAUUCAUGUUGAAAGGUGUCCAAAAAAAAUGCCAAAACUGAAAAAAGUAGCAUAAAUUAUAUAUUAAAUAUAUUUUUCCGUAAAUCUCAUGUACUGUAAUUUUUAGUCAAUAUGUUUGCUAGUCUAUAAACGGGCAUGCAUAUCAUUACGCUGAUUUUCCUUAUGUGUUUAAAUUAACCUUACUUUUAAUCCUUGAAUAUACAAGAAAUAGUAUGUAGGUGUCGUUUUUCUAAAAUAGGAUUUUCAGUUUCUCAAAUUACGCUUGAAGCUAUAAAUUCAAUUAUUAUUGCGUGUCAUCCUUGCAUAUAUUACAUAUAUGCAUAUACACAAAUACGCAUACAUUCGCACAUGCACAUUUAUAUAUAUUGUUGUAUGUAUAUUAUGUAUUUUGAACAAUUUUCUAAAAACAGUAUAUAAGAGAAAAUAAUUCCUUUUUGAAAGUACAAAACAGAAAACAAUGCGCUUAACAAUACUCAAAUAUCAAUAUGCUCUAGUCAAUUAUUAAUAACAGCAAAAGCAUUUAUAUUUUACCUAUCAAAUGUUAUUUUAUAAAUAUAUAUAUAUAUAUAUAUAUAUAUAUAUAUAUUACUUGAUCUUUAUAUAUAAAUUUUCUUACUUUACUUAUAAUUAAUAAUCAAUUUAGUAAUCAUUAUCUAUAUAAUAAUAAUAAAGAUAAUCAUGAUUAUAGAAAAUAUAAAAUUGUAAGAACAUUUACGUUUUAAUUGAUACACUAAUUAUGCCUUAAUGGUUGUCUGGUUCUGAUGGUUUACAAUAUUAUUGAAUAGUUUGUGAGCUUUGUCAUAAUAAGGUUUAAUUUCCUGUUAUACUCUUUCCAACCAAGCGUUUAUAUCAGGCUAUUCUGCAUGUGGACCAUAUUUAAUUAAAUCUAGAGUUUACUAUAUAAUAUUUAUUGUAAUAUAUCUAUUUUAAAUAACAGAAUUAUAAUAAUACAAAUGUAAAAAAGUUGUGUAACGAAAAACAUAAUAAUAUAGAUUACUUAUAAACUCACAUAAUUGCUUCAGUCGAUAGGCUCCAAAUACGUCACUUAUACUAGUUUUACUGUUUAUAAGAAAUCAUUUCUUUUUAAUCAGAUAUUUUCUAUUAAAUCAAGACAAUUCAGUA